AUGCCUUUUGGUUUCCCUAACCUCACCGCUUUCACAUAUGCAGGAUGGCCUCAACCAUUUCCCAGCCCAGCUACGCGGGGAUGGUACUCGCCAUACGCUGUAACGCUGGCGAGCUUAGCAAUCGCCGUCGUGAUCGCUAGGCUUAUAUCACAGGCAAGGAAGAGUACAAAAGGUCUCGGCAUCGAAGACUUGUUCGCUUGUCUUGCGUUGAUAUUCUGUUUACUCUACGCGGCAUCAACCAUUAGCGGGGCUCUUGCCUAUGGUUUCAACAGGCACAUGUGGGAUGUGCCUGAUGAGCUCUACCGUCCGGCCGCUCUGGUUUACUGGCUGAGCGAAACCAUGUUCAUUCUGAGCGCCGGUUUCGUGAAGAUCUCUGUCCUCUGUUUUUAUCGCAGGCUGGAACCUCCUUGCACGGCCGCCAUUAAGAAGAUAAUAUGGGUGCUUAUGAUAUUCACCACGGCUUACACCAUCGGCUGCCUUCUGGGACAUGUUCUGCUUUGUCAUCCCGUGGCAGCCUAUUGGGACGUUCCGUCUCGCAGCGAUGCUAUACAAGGGCGGGCGUGCGGGAAUCAACAGACACUCUACCUAGUGGAAGGGCCACUCGACCUGUUCUCGACUUUGUAUUGCAUCAUCAUUCCUGCAUUGGUCUUGCGGAACCUGCCUAUGUCAAGCUUCCAACGCAACGGCUUCCAUGCCCUCGUUCUUGUUAGUUUGAGUGCGCUGGGGGCAGCCAUUGCCAGAGCUGUAUUCCUCUACCAGUUAACGCAUAGUGUCGACGGAGACGCCACUUGGAGAUCCCUCAAUGUCUUUGCGUGUGCUCAGUUUGAGCUCAGUGUCUCCUUGGCAUGUGCCUCAGCACCGUUUUUACAACGUUUCGCUUCCCAGUACCCAAGAUUCCCCAUCGUGGACCCAUAUCAACAAAGCAAGGGAACAACUGGGUCCGUUGUAUCUCGAGUAAGCAGUUCCCUCUCAGGACAAAUCAAACGCCUCCCUUUUGCGCGCAACCCGAGCCCACGCAUCACCGAGAUCUCAAGCCCACCACCACGGGCGCUGGAAAUACCGGAGUGGGAAUUCGAGGCCUUUCACAUCACGCAGCGCCCACAGUCUCCCAUUGACGAGCAGUCAUACGACAGGUACCUCGCAGGUAUGUACGGACCCCCGGCGCCGCCCAAGGAUAUACGGCAGCUCCUCGACCAGUACCGGCGAGAGCAUGGCGAAAUUGUAUGA